AUGGCGUGGGUGCUGAAGAUGGAUGAAGUGAUCGAGUCUGGGCUGGUGCACGAUUUCGACGCCAGCCUCUCUGGUAUCGGGCAGGAGCUGGGAGCUGGUGCCUACAGCAUGAGCGAUGUUUUGGCACUGCCUAUUUUCAAACAAGAAGAUUCCAGCCUUCCACAAGAAAAUGAGACCAAACAUCCACCUUUCCAGUAUGUUAUGUGUGCUGCGACAUCUCCAGCAGUAAAACUGUAUGAUGAAACUCUUACCUACUUGAAUCAAGGUCAGUCCUAUGAAAUACGGAUGCUAGAUAAUCGAAAGGCUGGAGACAUACCGGAGAUCAAUGGAAAACUGGUAAAGAGUAUCAUAAGAGUUGUGUUCCAUGACAGAAGGUUGCAGUAUACAGAGCACCAGCAGCUAGAAGGUUGGAAGUGGAACCGCCCUGGGGACAGACUUCUGGACUUAGAUAUUCCAAUGUCUGUUGGAGUCAUUGAUAUCAAGACAAAUCCAAGCCAGCUCAAUGCAGUUGAAUUUUUGUGGGAUCCAACAAAAUGUACAUCUGCUUUUAUUCAGGUACAUUGUAUCAGCACUGAAUUUACCCCUCGUAAACAUGGAGGAGAGAAAGGAGUUCCUUUUAGGAUUCAGGUUGACACUUUUAAGCAGACUGAAAAUGGAGAAUAUACAGAUCAUCUGCAUUCAGCCAGUUGUCAAAUCAAAGUUUUUAAGCCAAAAGGAGCAGACAGGAAGCAGAAAACAGACAGAGAAAAGAUGGAAAAGCGAACUGCACAUGAAAAAGAAAAGUAUCAGCCUUCAUAUGACACCACAGUUCUUACAGAGAUGAGGCUUGAGCCUAUAAUUGAAGAUGCAGUUGAACAUGAGCAGAAAAAGUCCAGCAAGCGGACUUUGCCAGCAGACUACGGUGAUUCUCUGGCAAAGCGAGGCAGUUGCUCACCAUGGCCAGAUGCUCCCACAACAUUUGUAAACAACAGUCCUACUCCUGCUCCAACUUUUACCUCUGCUCAGCACAAUACCUACAGUAUCCCAGACAGCAAUUCUUCAUCCCCAAAUCAUCAAGGAGAUGGAACCUCUCAAGGGUCUGGAGAUCAGCUUCAUUCUUCAGCCACAAUCCAGGAAACUCAGCAAUGGUUGCUCAAGAAUAGGUUCUCCACCUAUACAAGGCUUUUUUCAAAUUUCUCAGGUGCUGAUUUAUUAAAGCUGACAAGAGAAGAUCUGGUACAAAUCUGUGGUCCUGCCGACGGCAUUCGGCUGUAUAAUGCACUGAAAUCCAGGUCUGUUAGGCCCCGGUUAACAAUCUACGUCUGCCAGGAGCCGCUGAGGAGCAUAGAACUGGAAAGGCAAGACACAGGCAGCGGCGAUAGCAGCAACGGUGCAAUAUACGUUUAUCAUGCAAUCUACUUGGAAGAAAUGGCAGCCUCAGAAGUCACACGCAAGCUUGCUUUGGCAUUUAAUAUUCCGUUGCAUCAGAUCAACCAGGUUUACAGACAGGGCCCCACUGGGAUCCACAUCCUUGUUAGUGAUCAGAUGGUUCAAAACUUUCAAGAUGAGAGUUGCUUCUUAUUCGCUACAAUCAAAGCUGAAAAUGGUGAAGGCUUCCAUAUAAUUCUGAAGUGAUGUCACACAGUUGCUAGGCUGAUACCCCAACAUAGAAUGAAGUCCUGCCUAAAGACUUAUGAAGAUCAUUCACAACCUUAGGAUCUAACUUCACUGUAUAAGAUGUUUCAUAUUGAAAACACAGAAUGACCUUUCUAAUGAGCUGUUUAAUAGGUGAACUUUCUUAUCACUGCCAUAGCUAAGUGUCCUCAUGAGAGGUAUAAUGCCAUGACAGCUGACGUACAGGCAUGGAAGACAAUGUGAGCAAAGGUGCUUGCCCUUUCCUGAAAUAAGGCAAAUGAUGGCCAGUAGAUGCAGUUUCUGGAAGCGAAGCACUGCUGCUGUUCUAUGAUCUGUGUCCAGUUGGAGAUGAAUGUAAACUUAUUUGGGGGCAUUUACCUUUCUGUGCCAGUUUGUCUAUUACUUGCUCGUACCUUAGGCUGGUUUUAUUUUUAAUGUUAGCAGAGCACAUACUGAUCUGUGUGGAGAUAAAUAGUUAAGCUGAGGGUGAUCAGAUUGUUGGGUCUUGGAGAGUAAGGCUGUCAAAACAGCUUCCUGUGUAAAUUGUGUAUAAGAGUGUAUGUAAGAAGUGUAUAUGCCAGAAAAGGGCUUUGAAGAAGCCUCAGACAGAUGCAAUAUAUGCAUGCAGCAAACUGCAUUAUCAAUAGUACCUUAUUGGAGGGAUUAAUGUCCUAUGGGGUACUGAGUAAUUGUGUUUUGCUUUAACAAAUUUAAUGCAAAAGAACUGCCUAUGCAUCCUUUAUGUUUAGUUUCCUAGGUUCUCUGCGGAGCAUUGCUGCAGUUUAACUCUUUGCUUGUAAAGCUAUGGGUUUAAAAUACUAGCAGUGAGAGAUGGGGCUUGUGACUUAGUGGAAUUCUGCUCAUGAGGGACGGUGACACCCUGGCACCAGGGGGCUGCCGUAGCUUUCAGUACCAUCCAAUAAAUUGCUUAAGUAACACUAAACAUUCACCAUUUACAUCUCCUUCCCAGCAGGUAAACGCCUGGCUGCAGGCACUGUUACGGAUGAGUCUCCUACUUUUCCUGCCACCCCUUUUCAGCCUCCCGCAGCCUGGGCUGUACAGCUGUUGCAGUGCCUCCUCACAGGACCAGACACUAGCUGCCCUUGCCAACAGCCAAUUGCUCGCUUCAGGGCUUGCGCUUUCCUUCCUUGUAAAGACACGGUGCAGCAUUGCCUAUGUUAAUGUUAAGUUCCAAUGCUGAGGUACUUGGAGGGCAACCUUUCAAAAGGCAUUAAGGGACAGUUUCAGAGUUGUCAUUUUGUGCCUUGGAGAAGUUCCCCCUUCAUCUCUGGCUUAAAAGCUUGGGAAGCGUUUGCUUUCAAUGCUGCAGUGUUCCAUGUUAGCACCUCCCACAGCACAUAAAAAAGCAGCCUGGCUUUGUUCAUUCCCUCUCCCCUAACCAGCUCGAAUGCAUAGCAGAAAAAGCUUCUAAAAGCUGUAGCAUUUUGAAAAUUUAAAUACGUCAAAGCUAGAGGAUGUCUUUUUUUUUUUUUUUUUAAACCUGGUGUUCUCUGCACUGAAAGUUUAAUUCUUUUGUACUUACACAUUUCUGCCUGUAGGUUGCUCAUCUUUCUUUGGGUACUGUUUGGUCCCAGCAUUUUCUUGAAUGGACACUUGUGUCUUUUCAGCUCACACCAUAUUCAAAUCCAAAUGUUUUAUAAAAAAGUGGAAAACUCCUUGAUUGGAAAGUAUCCAAAUAUGUAAUUUUUGAAGAAUACUGAAAGUUGUACAGUAGUUUGUCCAGCUCACUUGAAAUUGGAAUUAAAUUAUGGCACCAGCAGAUUGCUUUUGUUUUUUAAUA